AUGUACACGUCCAAUGUAGCGCGACAAAGAUGUGCCCCUCUCAACUUAAGUGAUCCCAGCGUCCCAGCUUUGAGCUAUUUUGAGUACAACCCGUCGGAGGCCCCCCAUGUCCUGUUUUAUAACUUCUUUCAUUUACUAUACAACUUAUUUCACGGUGAGCGAGUAGAGAAAAAUGCUUGGUGGUCAGUUUGUAUUGGGAAAAUAUUGCUAAUAAUUAACUUGGAAACUUUGGAACUGAAAGCACGACUUACAGACAGAGAAGUCAACAACCCUUACUGGCAAAACCGACAUAGCAAUUUCACCUGGGAUCAGCUAUCACGUGACUGGAAGUUAUCAACCCAAGACGCAAUAGAAUUACGGAAAAAACGCGCAGUGGACGCAAAGAUGUUUGAUCAAACGAUGGAAGAGUAUGUUCCAAAUAUAGGAGAGGAGGUUGAAAUGACGACGACGAGCAAGAAGCGGAAACGGAGCACGCGAGGCGGAGGCGGAAACUCCCCUUACACGACGAUACCACUUCCGCCGUGCAAAGUUUGCGGAGGGACGGCUACUGGUUACCAUUUCGGAGUGAUCACAUGUGAGGCGUGCAAGGCGUUUUUCCGACGGGCCUUAAUUCACCAGCACGAUUACAAAUGUCUCAAGGACGACAACUGUGUGAUUACCGACAAAAAGCUCGGCAACUGUUCGGCCUGCAGACUGCGAAAAUGUUUUCACCUCGGCAUGUCCAAAGGAGGCGUGAGAAGAGGCCGAUAUUCAAUUGCUAUACGGACACAAGCCAUCAUGGAAGCCAAGGCACGCGAGUCCAGUGACGUCAUGGAAACUGAAUUGAAGCGUCAGCGUCUUGACGACACAACUGUCGAGGAAGUGUCGUCCCUUGAAGGUGGUGGAUUCACUUUUGACGUAUUUGAUGGGCUGUUGGACAUUUCUCAGUUAAGCGACUCAGCCGCAUUUCCUAUGUCCGAAUCACCAACCAAUACCAGCUAUUUUGACGAAACAUCCGCCAUUUCCCCAGAAUAUGUUUCACGAGACGAUACACUCUCCAUGUCGUCAUCAUCGAAUGGUUCCCCGCUUAUUUCACCAACAAUCUACGUAGAAGAAUCACCAUCGUACACAGAGAACCAAGAACUGGAACUCUUGAUUGACGCCAUAAUGUCAUGCCAAGAGGCGGUGUACCCAACCUUGAAGAGGCAAUACACAACAGCCAUGCAGCAGGAGCAGAUGAAAAUAUAUAUGGAAUUCAAUGAGAAAAACGCGAUGUUCGGAGACCUUCUUAAUGGCACGGUAUCAACCGAGGAGUUCCAACAAAUCUUUGCCGAGACAGGCCUGGACCUUGAUGACAGACUUUCCAUGUUUAACAAGAAAGGGAAUUCUAUGGAAGACACCAUUGCCCAAUAUGUCAAUUUUGCCAAACUCGUGCCUGGCUUCAAGACAAUUAACCCAAAAGAUGUCGCGAAAUUAUUGAAAUCGGCACACUUUGAGUUCUGGAUGGUCGGAAACUACAUGCUCUUUAACAGCAAACUCGGCGUUACCACGAGCUGGGACGGUUCUCACAAAGCGAACAAAGAAGACUGCAUGAAGUUCUUCGAAAAAGACAUCAUAGAUGCCCAGUUUGAGCUUGCUGACAAACUAAAGACCUUGAACUUAUCUCUGGAAGAAAUUGCUCUAAUACGUCUCAUAAUCCUGACAUAUACAGACCGUUGCCCACUCGUGGAUGCCGGCAAGAUCUCCGCACUGCAGGAAAAGUUUGUGGAAUGCCUUCAGUAUCAGCUAUCCAAGACCCAAACCAACCCUGGGCGCCGAAUGUUCCGAAUAUUCGAUCACCUGCUCGCCAUGCGUGACGUCACAUACCUGAACAUUAAAGCCAAUCAGAAAUUCUUGAAGGAAUGGGACUUUGUCAUGCAUGAUUACCCACUGUGGCGGGAAAUGUUGUCAUAUGACGGAGAAUCGUGAAUUUUCAUUGGUUGAUUUCAGUAAUACUGUGAUAAACAUUUGGCGCACAAGAGUUAGCUUAUAUUCAAAUUUUGCACCCAUUUUGUUUGAAGCAGGUUAUUCAAACCACCGGUUUAAUGAAAGGCGCUUCUGGUAUUUUGUGUUAGAUAGUAAGUGUAUCAUAUAUUUCAUUGAUCUUUGCCACAAAAUAACGAUUUAAGCACAUAUUUACCAUUCAGUGAGCCGGCUUCUGGAAAAAUGGUUGACAUUGAUUGUUCUGUAAUACCUGGUAUACUUAGUCAAGACUCGCUAUGCCAUAGUCGUUUGGACCUCGAAAACACUUCGAGAUAACGAGCAUUUGAUAUACCGAACUGAAAAAAAAUGUCUUAUUGAACACAAAAUAGUCGAAAUAAGUUCAUCCUAACAGGAACAUCGAGAUAACAGAGUUCGACAUAGCGAGUUUCGACUGUACAUGUAUAAGCUUAUCAUUAAAGCAAAUUCUUAACCUUUGUAUUCUAAUCCUAGGUGAAAAGUAAUAUGGAAAGCGAGGUCAUAAUUUUGUAAAUUUUAUGUAUAUAUUCUUAAUGGUAAAUAUUUUUCGUAGACAUGAGUUUUGUUUUGAUUUUGAAAGUUGUUAAACGUAUUUAAUGUAUUUGGUGUUGUAUACACUGAGUGAAACAAGUGGCAUUACGAAAUACCACUGGCACUGGAUUUUCAAACUCAAUCACUUUUUUUAAAAAAAAUCAAAAAAAUCUUAUAAUUCCAAACUAAAAAUAAUUAUACCGAAAAUGUGAAAUAAUAUUGAAAAAUAUUUUUUUAUCAAUAUGCACUUUAUAAUAAUACAGUAUAAUAUUAUACAGUACAAAGUGCAUAUUUAUAAGAAAACACCAUAUUUUUCAAUAUUAUUUUCACAUUUUCGGUAUUAUAAUUUUGAGCUUGGAAUUAAAAGGUUUUUUUUGGAAAUAUUCAGUGAAAAUGCGGUGCCAGUGCGAAAUACUGCCUUUGCCUUGGUCAUUCAAUUAUGGCAUUGUAGCAUUACUGGAAUAUGCAUUAUACAUGAUCUAUCGAAUUCAAUUAAUAGUUUUAGUAUGGUGUAUACUCAAAGUAGGAACUUAAAUUAUACAAUUUUAUGCAGAAUGUUUUAUUUGUGGUAACUUUAUGUAGUUUAGCCUUCAUUAUAUGCAGCAGCGGUGUUAAGUUCCAAAAAAGAUCAGCUUUUAAUGAUAUAUGUGAAUAUAGGGCAUGGAGACUUAAUAUCUAUUGUUGUAUGUAUCUUUUAUUAUAUACUAUCAAAUUAUGCAUUGGGAUUUGUUAUUACACAUGUUGGCGAACAAUCUGUUCCAAAUGUUCAGUCUGUGCUUGAUGCACGUUUCUGUUAUUUUGUAUUUUUUUCAUAAUUGACUGAUAUGUAAAUGCAUAUUAGAAUAAAAAUACAAAAAUA